GUCCAUGGCUGUUGAAUAGUCGUCUGCUGCUUACUGGCUAUUUUCUCAUAUUCUGAAAGCAUCACAGUAUUCGCUGAGGCAUUAUCCCGCGUACAAGUAAAUAUAGCACCUGUAAUUUUGAAGCUAUCUGUUACUGCAGCUAACUCUUGAGCGAGAUAUUCGCCGCUAUGAAUUGGCUCUUGAAGGUGGAUUACAUCAAGUAAUACGCACCGGUGCUGCCACUUCUCAUUAAUCCAAUGGCCUGUGACAGCAGCGUGCUGGACUUGCGGGUUCCGCGGCCGUGGCUCAAAAAAUGACGAUGCACUACUUGAUGGGCUUGACGGCGUAAUUGUAUGACCUUUCAUUGUAUAUGCUACUGUUGGAUGCUUCUGCGUAUAGUGCUUCCAAAGAUUACCGGUUGAAGUCUGACUUAAUAGCUGUGGAGUAGGUGAAUAUCCGCAGCCUGGUUGUAAGCAAGUUACUUUGACUGUAGGUGGGUUACUAUCAAGUAUCAAUCGCGAAUAUAAUAGCUUCGUAAAUAGUACCGACGACGUUGGUGGCAGCAUUCGUCCUGGAGGCUGAAGCCGGAGCGGUGUAGGAUUAAUAUCCUGUUGAAUAUGAAUAGGGGGCGGCAGCGUUGGCAGACUUGGCUCAUUAUGAGUAUCAUAGCUAUUAUAGCCCUCAGGCUCCGUUGGUAUAUCUGAUAACGACGAGUCGCUCAUUCUGAGGAUAAUUAUCACUUUAUACAGCAUCAAUAUAGAUCUCACGACGUUGGAAAAAAGAGGUCUUGGCUGCGCUUGGCUAUUCUUGGCAUGUAUCCGGAUAUAUACUCGAGAGUAUCCGGAUACGCCGGAUACUCCUAAAAUAUCGCCGGGUAGGUAUAUACUCGAGGAUAUACCCGGAUACCACGGGUAUAUUGGUAUCCGUGCCGAACACUGGGUGUUGUCGGAUGAUGUGCAUGCGUGUCCCACGCGGGUGAUCUCCUUGGAAAACACCUUGGGAGGGUUCCAUAAUGCCACUGGAGGAGACGAAACGGAUAGCGGAAUGGGCGAGGGGGGAGGGGAUAUUGAUGCACCUUGAUGGUGCGAGAUUGUGGGAGGCUGUUGUGGCGGGUGCGGGGGGGUUGGAGGAGUAUACGAGGUGUUUUGAUACGGUGAGUUUGUGUUUUAGUAAGGGGCUUGGGGCGCCGAUCGGGAGUGUGCUUGUGGGCAGUAAGGAGGUGGUUAGGCGCGCCCGCUGGGUACGCAAGAGUAUCGCCGGCCUCCGCCAGAGCGGUGUCGUGGCAGCAGCUGCGCGGAUUGGGGUUGAAGAAACCUUCCUAGGGUGGAAGUUGAAGAGGGGUCGGGAGAUGGCGAAGAGAGCAGGGGAGAUGUGGGAAAGCAAGGGGGGGAAGCUGAGAGAGGUAGAGACGAAUAUGGUGUGGCUCGAUCUGGAGGCGGCGGGGGUGGCGGAGGAGGAGUGGGUGCAAGCGGCGGGGAGGAGGGGGGUUAAGGUGGGAGGGGGGAGGGUGGUGGUGCAUUAUCAGAUUACGGGGGAGGCGGUGGGGGAGUUGGGGGAGGCGAUGGGAGAGGUGCUUUGGGGGGGGAGGGGGGGAGGGGGGGUGAGGAAGGUUGGGUUUAAGAUGAACAUCUCUCACGGCAGCCCAGCCCGGCAUCUCUCACGGCAGCCCAGCCCGGCAUCUCUCACGGCAGCCCAGCCCGGCAUCUCCAGUUCCGAUAGACAGGCUGUGCUGCGGUACGGCGUUUGUGAUGGACCAGUACCAUACCCCUCCCAAAACGGCACCGACGGCGGCUACCAACGCCCCGCCAACAUCGGCGGCGCCCGCAGCGAGGGCCGGCUGAUCAACGUCGAGCCUCCCCGCCGCGAAGACCUGCAACCGAGCUAUGCGCAGAACCUGGUCGGCGAGAGCGAGCAGGGCACGCACGGGUGGUACGGGUCGAUGAUCAACACGCUCGGGAACUGCAUUGGCACGUUCGGCGCGAUUCCGUGCUGUAUUAUCUGCCCGAACCCGUAUAAGCCGGUGUCGCAGGGGAAUGUGGGGUUGGUGACGAAGUUUGGGAGGUUUUAUCGCGCGGUUGAUCCGGGGUUGGUGAAGAUUAAUCCGUUGAGUGAGAGGUUGAUUCAGGUGGAUGUUAAGAUUCAGAUUGUCGAGGUCCCCAAACAAGUCUGCAUGACCAAAGACAACGUAACCCUCCACCUCACCUCCGUAAUCUACUACCACAUCACCUCCCCCCACAAAGCGGCCUUCGGCAUCUCCAACGUCCGCCAAGCCCUCAUCGAGCGCACCCAAACCACCCUCCGCCACGUCGUCGGCGCCCGCGUCCUCCAGGACGUCAUCGAGCGCCGCGAAGAGAUCGCCCAGUCCAUCGGCGAGAUCAUCGAGGAUGUCGCCGCCGGCUGGGGCGUCAAGGUCGAGAGUAUGCUGAUUAAGGAUAUGAUUUUCUCCAACGAGCUGCAGGAUUCGCUGUCGAUGGCCGCGCAGUCGAAGCGUAUUGGAGAGUCGAAGGUCAUUGCUGCGCGCGCGGAAGUCGAGUCCGCGAAACUCAUGCGCCAGGCUGCUGACAUCCUGUCCUCCGCCCCCGCAAUGCAGAUCAGAUACCUGGAGGCUAUGCAAGCCAUGGCCAAGAGCGCGAAUAGCAAGGUCAUCUUCCUGCCUGGUCCCGCGAACGUGGCAUCCCAGAUGGCGAUGGCGGAUAGUGUGGGGGAGGGGUCGGUGGCGAAUGGGGGGAAGAGGAUUGUGGAGGGAGUGGAGACCAGCGACUUUGGAGGUGCGGACCCGCAUUUUUCUCAGGCUAUUAGGGCGGAUGUUAUUGAGCAUAUGUGAGGACGUGCUAACGAGGGGGGUGGUUUAGCUUGGUCUACUUGAGCUCUAUUGCCUAACGGUGAUGAUGCCACCCCCCUCGACGACGACUGCGACUGGUGGGAUGGAUGGUGGGUGGGGGCAAUGAGAGGAUGAAACGACGAAUGGUGGGAGGUAAUUGGUUUUAUGGACGGCGAGUUGUACGGAAUGGAUGGAUGGACGGAUACCCCCUCGGUCAUUUUUUGUUAAUCUUUGUUUUUUGUGCGAUUCGAAGUAUACCGCGCUGCUAUUACCCAACGACGGAGACAGAGUGUAGGAGACGAGAGUCGCGCGCAAUGAUACCACCUUCCUUGUCUUUAUACCAACGAUGUUAUCUAUUGCCGGGACGUUAAAAUGUGAUCAGAUGUGCGAAGCU